AUGCCGCCACCACCCAAGGUGAAGAGCUACUCGCUGUUCCAGCGCUCAGUGCGCGUCGUCCAGACGUCCAUCCGCCGCUUCGAUCGCUGGGCUGCUGCGCGUGCGCCUGGUCUGUCGAAUCCGCCUGAAGUCGAGGCGCGCGCGCAGCAGCCUCGCUUCGUAGACCUCUGGGAAUUCACCUUAGCCGACCACCGGCGCAUCUUCCACGAAGUAUGGCAAGAGUACAAGGCGUCUUUCAACGGUAUCAGUGACGAGGACAUCGAGCGUAGCAAGGAGGAGGUGAAGCGUGCGGUCACGGCUGUGCGUGGACACGUUGCGAGCACUGCGAGUGCCAAUCUGUCGUUCAUUGACAAGAGUCUGGAAGGCUCGAGAGUGCACGGCAAUCUCCAUGCGCUGAAAGACAGAGGAGCAGAGAACGUGGAGUACUUGGCCAAGGAGGUGCAGCACGUGGUGGGAGGGGUGGAUACGGAUGCGGUGCUCAGUCGGGCAAAGGAGGUACUGAGUCAAAGUCGCAGUGAAGACGACGUUGCGACGACUUUUAAGAAGAACGUGGACGUGCUUCGUGGUCUUACAAAAGAGGGACGAGAUGCUGCAUUGCAGCUGGAUACGAAGGAUGUUGAGAGGUUCAAGACGAGCGUGCAGGCGUGGGUCGCUGAUAAAUUGUUGGUUGGGCAGUCGGUGCUGAUGGCGUUCAUUGACGGAUACCGAGAGGGUAAAGACAUGGAGUUGGCACGUAAGGAUGCACUGCUCAUAACGUUUGCCAAGCAAGCGGCAGAAGACCACAAGGAUAUCAUUGAAAACCAGAUCAAAAAGAUCAUGGAUCAGCAACGUGAGAAGCAGCGACAGGAAGGUGAAGAGGUGGCAGCAACGAAGUCUACAGCAAAGGCUGAAAAAGCGGAGAGGAGUGGGAACGCCGAGGCCAACAUGACACCGACAGAAAGUGGGACGAGAUCAACUUUGGUGCACGAGGAACGUGCACAAACGUUACGAAAAGACAAAGACGAAAGUUUGAAGGGGAGUCAGGAAGACUCCAAGCAGUGA